UCGUUCCCUCCUCUUCUACAUUUCCCUCUUCCGUUUUGCGCCGCUUCAUAAAAAAACACACGAGGCUAUGGCUACUCAAAUCGGCCACAAACAGAUCUAAUGUGGUCGAUUAAAGCUUUGAUUAUCUCCUUGAUGAACCCUAGCUAUUGAUUUCAAAAUGAAAUUUUUGAUUUUUGGGGUUUACAAGAAGUGGAUUUUCUGAUGUUGGGAGUUUUCACGAUGCAUGUCGUCGUCGUGAAUGAAGGCGAUCUUCUCUAAUUCCGGUGUAGUCGACACUUCCUCUUUGUUCUAUUCUUCAGAGUUGACGGCUUGAUUUCUGGGUGUAGGGUUCAUACUACAAAAUUUCACCUCUCAUCCUCCGGAUCUACUCUAUAACGAAGUAAAGGUUAUUAGCUUGGAAAUACAUGUUGUUUUUUCACAUCUAUUCUCAUAAGACACGAUGCUAUGAUCUGUGGACAAGUUAUAAAGAUAGCAAUCUACAGACUUUGGUGUAUUGCUACUGAAUGGGUCAAGGGGAAACAGAUGGAGGAAGUCUUAGCCAUCAAGAACACUGAAAUUGCAAAGCAUCUUUCGCUUCCUCCGGUGAAGCUCCAUUGCAGUAUGCUUGCAGAGGAUGCUAUAAAGGCUGCCGUGAAGGAUUAUGAAGCCAAAAAAGCAAAGAAAUCUGGAAACGGUGAAGAAGCUGCAAAUGCUUGAAAUGUGAGGUCCUUCAUAGCUUGGUUUAAGAAUCACGUAUCUAUUAUUUCCAAUAACCCCCUCAGUGGUUAUGCUCAAUAACAUGUAUACAAUAUGAUGCUCGAGGAAAAGCUGGUGUAUAUAUUGAUAGUUUGUGGUUUGUGAUGCAAAUUUUGUGUGUAUAAAUUUAGUGAUUGUGGUUAGCUUUUUUCUGAAGCCACUGCCAAAACCUGAUUGUUUCACACGUCGUGUAUGUGUGUAUGUGUGAGUGUCGCGUAAUACUGAUGUGCUG